AUGUCGAUGGCUGUUAAAGCAGAGUUACACGACGUUCCUUUCCCCCAGAUUAGAAUGGCCACCGUCCUCAGAGUUCUAUUCGUUGUUGUCGUAUCCCUGUUACAUAUUAUUUCCAUCCUCUUGCUAGGGCUGGCCCUGGCACUAGGAUCCGGCGGGUUCUUCCAAACAGGAGCUAUCGCCAUAGACUGGCUAGCGUUGAUCACUAUGGCCGUUAUGCUCUUGCAUCGUGUCCGGCACCCAGAGCGCGAGUACAUCAGACCGAGGAGUUUAGUAGGAUUCGGCGCGCUCAUCAUCUUCAGUGGAGCGAACCUUGUCCUUCUUCUCGUCCGCCUCACAGAUGGGAAGGAGAGUUUAAUCGACGACUUCAGUGCACUCAAGAACCCUAGAGCAACAGCGUGUGCAGUGUUGGUUAUGGCUGGCCUAGCCACACUCUCAAGUAUAGUCGGCUUCAUCAUCUCCUGGUUCGGCUGCUACAUCGAACCAUUCCCGAAACCAAAACCAUGGAUAUCCCGACCCAUCCUCAAUUGGUAUCCUCAUCCCAUCGAAACACCCUCCAUCCCCGAUUCUCCGGCUCAUUCAGGGGAACUCGGGCACAUGCAUGGGAAGUAUGACACGAAUUACAUUCCUGCGUGGAGACCGACAUCGACAUGGAGGCAGAUGAAUGAGUCAAAGGAACAAUGGAGUGAUGUGUCGCUGCGCGAACCUUGA